CUCGCCCCCGUCACAUGCUCUUGUUCCUCUCGGCCUCCCCGCCUCUCUCCUAUAUAUCCACCACCGGCUUUCUCCGCUCAACCCACAGCCGAGCAAAGCGGCAGGCGUAGCUUUCUCCUGCUGUAAAAUCCCCCGAGUUCUAAGGGUUGGAGUUUGGAAGUAACCGUUGCAAGGAGAUGGCGUUCCGGAGGUCGAACAAGCUGCCGCAGGCCGCGGCCAUCAAGCAGAUACUGAAGAGGUGCUCGAGCCUGGGGAGGAGGCAGCAGCCGGCGGACGUGCCCAAGGGCCACUUCGCGGUGUACGUGGGCGAGAGCCGGAGCCGGUUCAUCGUGCCCAUCUCCUACCUCACGUACCCGGAGUUCCAGAGCCUGCUGCGGCAGGCCGAGGAAGAGUUUGGCUUCGACCACGACAUGGGCCUCACCAUCCCCUGCGAGGAGGUCGUCUUCCGCUCCCUCACCUCCAUGCUUCGUUGAGGCAAUGCACCAUCAUCCGGGACUCCGUUUGUUUAUUCUUUUUUGCCUCCAUUCCGAUGGGGUGGUUCACUAGAAUGUAGCUGUUCUUGCUCGAUCGAAACCUACGCUGCGUGGGUUGUAUUUGUACAUCUCCGAGCGGCGUGCCCGCGGUUUGCCGCCCUGUGAGAACUAAUUAAUUUACUUGCAAGGAGUACAGCAGAGGGGGCACCUUCCCCUGUUCAUAC